AUGUCAUCUAUGUCGAGAACAUCCUUCUCCUCGAGCAGGGGAGAUUCGGCGGACUUCGAGACUGAUCUCACCCUAAACGACAGGCUCAAGGUUUUCAAAACUUCUCACUUUGACCCCGAGGCCUAUGUCACCUCCAAGUGCCAAGCCAUGAGCGAAAAGGAAAUAAGGCAUUUAUGCUCUUACCUCGUGGACUUAAAGAAGGCAUCGGCGGAGGAAAUGCGCAGAAACGUCUAUGCCAAUUAUUCAGCCUUCAUACGCACAUCAAAGGAGAUUUCAGAUCUUGAAGGGGAGCUACUUUCUCUAAGGAAUCUCCUCUCUACGCAGGCAGCUCUAGUUCAUGGCUUAGCUGAAGGAAUCCGUCUUGACUCCUCGUCUACUGGUCCUGAGCAUUCAACAGCAGGGGAGAUCUCUGCUACUGGAAACAGGGAACCUUCCAAGAUAGAAAAAUGGUUGGGAGAAUUUAUGGAUACCCUUGAAGUUUUAUUGGCAGAGAGAAGGGUGGAUGAAGCUUUGGCUGCUCUAGAUGAAGGGGAAAGUGUAGCUCAAGAAGCUAAAGAACGGCAAACAAUGACCCCAGCUGCAUUCUUGUCAUUGGAGAAUGCUAUCACAGAACAGAGACAAAAAUUAGCAGAUCAGCUGGCAGAGACUGCAUGCCAACCUUCAACUCGAGGUGGUGAGCUUCGUUCAGCUGUUCUGGCUCUGAAACAACUCGGGGAUGGUCCCCGUGCCCAUUCAUUGCUACUUAAUUCUCAUUACCAGAUGUUGCAAUGUAAUAUGCAAAAUCUUCGACCAUCAAACACUUUAUAUGGGGGAGCACAUACUGCUUCCCUUUCACAGCUUCUAUUUUCUACCAUUGCCCAGGCAGCAAGUGAUUCCUUGGCCCUUUUUGAAGAAGAGCCUGCGUAUACAUCUGAGCUCGUAACUUGGGCUGUGAAGCAGAUUGAGGCUUUUGCCCUUCUUGUAAAGAGACAUUCUCUAGCCUCGUUAGCUGCUGCAGGUGGUCUAAGGGCUGUUGCUGAGUGUGUUCAAGUAUGCUUGGGUCAUUGUUCUUUGCUGGAAGCUCGCGGAUUGGCCCUUUCUCCUGUACUUUUGAAGUUCUUUAAGCCUUGUGUUGAACAGGCAUUGAAUGCCAACUUAAAAAGGAUUGAACAGAGCAGUGCAGCACUAGCUGCUGCGGAUGAUUGGUUGCUUGCUUAUCCCCCACUAGGCACACGUAGUUUGAGUACAACAUCUCUCGGUAGUGUGAUUGCAUCCCAGCCAAAGCUUUCGAGCAGUGCUCACAGGUUCAAUUCAUUGGUUCAGGAAAUGUUUGAGGAAGUCGGCCCCCUUGAGACCUUGCAGUUGGCUGGCAUGACGCUGGAAGGUCUUUUACAAGUUUUCAACUCCUAUGUCAAUCUUCUGGUUAAUGCACUGCCAAGUUCAAUGGUGAAUGAAGAGAACAUGGAAGGUUCCAGGGCUAAAAUUGUUAGAGUGGCACAGACUGAAGCCCAGCAGAUAGCUUUGCUAGCUAAUGCAUCAUUGCUAGCAGAUGAGUUGCUUCCUCGUGCUGCUAUGAAACUUUCACCCUUGCACCAGACAAAUAGAAUUGACGACCCCCAUAGAAGAGCUUCAGAUAGGCAAAACCGUAUUCCAGAACAAAGAGAAUGGAAGAAGCGCCUUCAGCGCUCAGUUGAUAGGUUGCGAGACAGCUUCUGCCGACAGCAUGCUCUUGAACUCAUCUUCACAGAAGAUGGUGAUACUCGUCUGACUGCAGAGAUGUACACAAGUAUGGAUGGAAGCACAUACGAGCCUGAAUGGUUUCCUUCUCCUAUAUUUCAGGAACUUUUUGCGAAAUUGACUCGGAUGGCGAGCAUUGCAACAGACAUGUUUGUGGGCAGGGAAAGGUUUGCGACCAUUCUGUUGAUGAGACUCACUGAAACAAUCAUCUUGUGGGUUUCUGAUGAUGAAAGCUUUUGGGAAGAGUUUGAGGUUGGGCCAAACCGAUUGGGCCCACUUGGCCUUCAACAGUUUUAUUUGGAUAUGGAAUUUGUCAUACUUUUCUCAUCCCAAGGCCGCUACUUAUCUCGUCAUCUACAUCAAGUUAUUAAAAACAUUAUAAAUAGAGCUCUUGAUGCAGUUGCUGCAACUGGAAUAGAUCCUUAUAGUGUAUUGCCAGAGGAUGACUGGUUUGCUGAGGUUGCUCAAAUAGCUAUUAAGAUGUUGAGUGGGAAAGCUACUUUUGGGCAUGUAGAUCGAGACGUUGUCAGCCCCACAGCAUCUGUAUCAGCAAAAUCUAUAUCAUCAGUCUUAUCCCAUGGAAGUAACUAG